AUGAAUGGUGCUGGGAGGGAGAAAAAACACGGAAAAGAAGUGAAAGGUGGUAUUGCAAAGCGAGGAAAACAGAUGUCUUGUAAAAUAGAAGAGAAGCACGGAGAUGCCAGCAGCAGAAGCUGGAAAAUGAUAUCUCCACAGCAAGGCGAGGUGAAUCAAGGAUCACAAAGCUCCCCCGGCGCAAGGGUGGUAAAUAUGGGCGAAUCUGGUGAUGUUGAUGUUGAUGAUGAUGAUGAUGAUGAUGAUGGAAGAAACUCGCGAACCCGGCGAUGA